AUGCUCUUUGUAGUCAUCAAUGCCGACAAACUGCGAAAGUGUUUGGGUAGCUUUGGUGACAUCCCAUCGCGUCAUCUUCUCAACGUAGUACAAAAGCUUCUCGAUCUGCACACCGCACCCGACCAGGAUCGACAAUUCAUUCGUCAGAUUUUGCUCCGCUUAUCGCUCGAGCACGACGAUGUACCCGCGAAGCUGAUCUUGCAUAUGGUCAAGCGAGUUGAUGACGAACCGUUCUCGGAAGGAGGCUUUGGAGAUGUUUAUCGAGGCGUUUUCCAUAAUGGCAAGUAA